AUGUCAAUUAAGGUAACUCAACCAAGAGACAAGCAGCUUAACCCCUAAUCUCAGCAUUACUUUAAGCCGCAAUCUUCCCACAACCAUAAUAUGUCCUACGAAGAUGCAAUUAUGAUGACCCCUAACGCCAAGCGUUAUAGAAAUGAUACUUGCAUGAUGAGUUCUUACUCAAAAGCUGAAUUUGAUACCACUUAGUAGCAACAUCAGAGCAUCGCAAGAGAAAUUUAUCUUCCAACAGAAAUGGACAAGCUAAAGAAGCUAUUUCCAUUUCUAGACAAUGAGGUAAAAUUUAUCAAAUAUUCUAAAAUCCUAUAGCAAAUCCAAGAAGUGCUAAAAGAAUGCGACAAGGACUGCUCAAAGGCUUACAACAAGCUUCUCACAUAAAAGAACCCUAAUCUGAAAGAUGAAUAAGGCAAGGCACUUUUGAGUAAGAGAGUGGGUGCUCCCCAGCAAUUCAGCCAAGACCCUAAUUAAAAUCAAAGUGCAUUGAGUUCUGCAAGAUAAAGCAAGAAGAGAAGAAGGGACGACUAUGAAUCUGAUUAUUCUUCGAUUAUGGAUAUGAACCAAGUUUCUCUUCGCUCAUCAGUAUCUGUGCAGAACUCUUCUAAUUUGCAGUAGUAGAGUCAAUAAAUAAGUGCUUAAUAACUACAGCCUAAUACUUAAAAUAGCUCACAAAACCAAAAUCAACAGCUAGUAAAUCAUAGCUAAGCCCAACAAAUCUAGCAAUAAAUCCAAGAGAGACCUCUUGAAGAAUCAUACGCAGAAAAUAGUGUCAAGGAGCUAAUGAAUAUCUAGUGUGCUGAAGAUGCUUAUAAGGUAUUAAACAACAUGUUCAAAACUUUUAAGUAGGAAUCUAGCAAAAAGUAUAUUGAAGCUAUUAAAGUUUGUUUAAGAGAUAACUAAAUUCUCAAGAAAGGAGUCAUUAUCUAGAACAAGAGAUCACAAGAAGCAAUGCAAAAAGCAGCUGACUAUGACUAGCUAUUUGAGGUAGUAUAAAAGCAGGCAGAGGAAAUAGGUUUCUUGAAGUCCUAGAAUGCCUAGCUUAGCACCAGCUUGAUGAAGUCUUAGUUCAAGCCAAUGAUGAAUCCAAACUGGUAUAACAGCAACAAUCACUUUGGUGGAGAUCCUUCAGUCCUCUGA